AUGGACGUGAUAAACAUAGUAGUACAAUGUUUACAAGGUGAGGCACCGCACACCCACCGUCGAUACGCAACGUCAGCAUGCAACACGAGUGUCACUUACGAUCGGAUCCUGCUGAAACACGUGACGUUGCUAUCAAAGUAUGUGUUUACCGGUAAAGUGUUUGGUAUCAAUAGGGGUUAUAACGGUACUCGUGUAUUCAAAGUGAACAUACGACGAGUACUAAAAGGCGAUUUAAAUGAUAUAGGUGUACCGGUUAAGUUCGGUACUUCAAAGGCUUUGCGCUUCAGCGACGCUACAAUUUUCGUGGAAAGUGCUAGUAUAUCGUGUAUACCUUUACGUGUGCGAACUUGUGGUAUAUUUCUAACGGAGGAGAAGCGGGAAGGCGGUACACUGUGGUUGCGUUUUAUAAUAGAGCCUCUCGUGUUGACGAUAAGGAGCAUUGAAAUAAUCGAGGCUGCAAUUAAAGUAUACUGCGUGUUCUUAGAACUCACAGGCACUUGGGAGCCAGAGCAAACACUCUGA